AUGCUGCAAUCCAGGGCAUUGGUGAUAGCUCUGAUUCUGCUCCUUGGCACCACUCUCCCCGAAGUGCAGUCAAAGUCCAUCUUUGAGAAAGACCGUCGUGAGUUGCUGGCCAUCCCUGAGACUAUUGCAUCUUACUUCUAUGAAGCUGUGAACAAGGUGUCCCCUAAAGUCAGCCAGUUCUUGUUGGAUACUGUCCAGAGUCCAACAGUUAUUGCGGCCAGACAGAGAAUCGCGAAAGAAGCAACCAAAAUCAGUAUAAUGUUUGAACAGAUGAUUGAAAAAAUAAAGAACCUGUGGUACACAAGAGUCCUAGGCUAUUAG